ACGGAAGUUCCAUGGUAGGGGAUACGAAACCGUCAACACCUUGCUCUCAUUUCUACCCAAAGUGUGUUUUGCCACAAAAUAACGGCCUUAAGUGAAAUCCGGUGUUACAUUUUACUUUAUUUUGCUCAUCUUUGGACUUGGCAGCUGGUGAGUGAUCCGGAUGAUGGCUGCCGUGUCGGUAAAGCUUCUGUAGCCGAGCUGCUUCGCUGAAAAACAAACCGAGGAAGCUGAGGAAGAUGCCCGCUCGCAGCGUCGUGUCCAGCGGGACUCCUAGCAGCAAUGUCAGGUACUCCAGGUUAGCCACUGAUGAUGACGGCUACAUUGAUUUACAGUUCAAAAAGAGCCCACCCAAAGUCCCAUACAAAGCCAUAGCCCUGGCCACAGUCCUCUUCGCCAUCGGCUCUCUGUUAAUCAUCAUUGGUUCCCUUCUCCUGGCUGGAUACUUUGGAGUCCAUCACUCAGACCGCACUGUGCCCGUCCUUAUCAUAGGGAUUUUGGUCUUCCUGCCUGGAUUUUACCACCUGCGAAUAGCUUACUAUGCAUCAAAGGGAUACCCCGGCUACUCCUAUGACGAUAUCCCAGACUUUGAUGACUGACAAACAUCACAGCUUCAGCCACAGUCUUUCUGCACUCACGUAUACUCACGCUAUUCCGCUUGUGCUCACUAAAACACACCGUUAAGCACAUUCUGUAAGUUAAAUGUGAAGGAUUUUGAUAUCUUUCUCAAAGUGUUGUUGAUGCCAGCCUGCUGUUAUAAAGCCAAAUCAAUAUCAGACAGUGUUCAAUUUGUAUAUUUGUGUCUUAGAAUUAAGCUGUAAUAUAUGAGUUUCUUUUAUUUGUAUAAUUUUAUUUUUAUUAGUUUGAUCAUAGAGAGACAUUGGCAUUAUACCAUUAAUAACCCUUUAGUAAUCACUAACGCACAUUUUAGCUGAUAAUAAAGUAUGUUCGACCAA